CUGCAUGGGAGAGCUGUAUGCUUUUUGGAUUGAACUAAUAAAGCUGGAAAAAUCAGAUGUUAGUACACUCACUUCAGAGUUGAACACAGCAGUACAAAUGAAUCUAUUCUUUCGCUUGAUGUCAGUGAACUAGCAAGUGAAUAUUGGCACUCAGAAAUUUGAUUUAAUGGUUGAGAUGAAGAUAAGAUAGUAUCUGUGUUCAGAGGUGUUGGCUAUCAGACAAAGUCCUACAAUCAAAACAAUCAAUAGCAAAGCCAAUGGGAAGCAUUCUGCGGAUUAUGAGGCAUCUGAAGAUAAACUGGAAAUGCUUGCUUGUAUGCAUAGAGCGUUUGAGGCUCUUGGUUUAGCGAUCCCCCCUGAUAAUACUCCUUCAGCUGUAAUAUACUCUAUUCUUCAGAAGGGUAUAUCAGAUAGUCUUUCACGAUGUCCACCUAAUCAUAUGGGCAAGUCAGUCAUCCCAUUGACUGGUAUAACUGAUCGUCAAUGGUCACAGAUAAGUCGUAUUGCUGCUUUACUUCAACAACAAUACGCCAGUCGUCAAGCUACACUCCUGAAACGUUUAGAUGUUACAGUACAAAGUUUUAAAUGGUCAGAUAAGGCGAAAUCUCAUUUAGACCGUAUCACUGCUGUUUAUAAUCCAAUCAGAGCAAGGAUGGCUGUACGUGAUAAUAUGAUAUUCCUGAUUGAGAAGACAAGUGGUUCUAAUGCACGUCGUUAUACAUCAUGUGAUUUAAAUAAGAUUCUUAUUGGAAGAGUUCCUGAUCGAGGUGGUAGAGCUUGGGAAUUAGAACCUCCUCCACCUGAAAUGCCUGCUUUUAAACAACGUCAGCCAGAUAGUGGUGGUGGACAAAGAGGUGGUCGAGGCGGCGGUGGUUUCGGGGAUCGUGGUAGAGGUCGCGGUGAUGGUGGAUAUGGUGGUAGUGGAGGUGGUGGUUACAGUCGUGGUGGAUCUGGAAAUGAAAGAAGAGGUGAUGGUGGUAGCGGUGGGAGAGGAGGUAUGGGAGGCGGUGGUUUUACUCAGCCGCCUCAGAUGCAUGGUCAACCUAUGCCGUAUAUGGGUGGUGGUGGAGGUGGCGGUUAUAUUGCAGAUCCUUAUCAAAUGGCUGCAAUCAACCAACAAAUGAGUGGGAUGAUGUUAUUUGAACCUGGAUUAUCUACUGGUCCACAGCAAAAUUUUGUCUUUCAAAAAACACCGAAAUGCUGGAACCUACUGGAACCGGUUACACCUAGACUUUAUGGCCUACCGAAACAGCAUAAAAACGGUCUGCCUCUACGACCAGUUCUUGACAUGACUAACUCUCCAUAUCAUACAACAGCAAAAUGGUUGGUACAACUUUUGAAGCCUCUCCACAAAGAAGUUGUGAAAUACAGUCUCAAAGAUACCUUUGAAUUUGUCAGAAAGAUUGAGGAUCUGGAAGUAAAUAAUAAGCCUACAAGCGGGUACGUCGCUGGUGAUGCUAAUUAUAGUAGAGGUCAACGAGGCGGACGUGGAGGUAGUGGUCGAGGAGGUCGUGGAAGACCUUACUAA